AUGAACGUCCAUGGAGGUACGAUCACCUACGAGGCGACUUAUGCCGUACCUGCCCCUACAACAGCGUGAGUCACCUUGCCUGUGGCUGGAUGAGCACCGGCCAGGGUGCCAGGGUGCCAGGUGCUGCUAGAUGCUGAUGCUACACUUCAUUUUGCCAUAUCACCAUCAUGCUGAUUCGAAAUGUGCUGUUCAUACGAUGCCCUGCUCUGCAUGCUGCCGCCAACCUGGCCGACGUCGACCCCCCCACUUGCGGACACGACCGCUCUCGAUACCACUCAUUGCGCUGCGAAACAGCCGCGGUGUUUCGACGAAGCUCGGUGCCUCUGCGGAUGGAAAGCAAAUCUCGUACGGAUCCGGUCGAUCCGCGAUAGUGCGGUCGCUCGACCCCGGUGGACCCACUCUCUCGCUCGGCCACGCCGCGCCCGUCACAGUGACCAAGAUCAUCUCCCCUUAUUAUGCCGCUUCGGGUGAUGCCUCGGGAGCGCUCAAAGUAUGGGACACGACCGGCAACUACUCGCUCAAACUCGAGGCCAAACCCAUCAGUCGCAUCAACGACAUCGCCUUUGACGGCGAAGGGAAGCGACUCGUCGUCGUCGGGGAAGGGCGCUCGUCCUGGGGCGUCACCUUCUCCCUCGACACCGGUUCCUCGAUCGGAGAAGUCGCGGGUCAUUCCAAAGUCAUCAACAGCGUCGCGAUGCGUUCCCAACGACCUUUCCGAGCCGUGACGGGCUCGGACGAUUUCUCCGUCGUGCUUAUGAACGGCGUCCCCUUCAAAUUCACCUCGCAAUCGCGACGUCACCAACGCUUCGUCCAGUCGAUGGACUAUGCCCCCGAUGGCAAGCUCUUCCUCUCAGCCGGCAGUGACGGGAGGGUGUUCCUCUACGAUGGAGCGACGGGUGAAGACAAAGGAGAGUUGAUCGACGGCGAGGCGGCCCAUGCAUCCGGUGUGUAUGCGGGAGCCUUUUCGAGAGAUUCGAAGCAGAUCGCAACGUCGGCGGCGGAUGCGCAGGUCAAAUUGUGGGACGUUGAGACGAGCAAGGUUGUCAAGUGAGUCACCACCACAUUUGGGAGGGUGAAGGGGGUGCAUCGGGAACUGACGAGGGGUGUUCGGCGGCAGGGCGUGGGACUUUGCUUCGUCCGGCAACAGCCUGCAGCAGCAGCAAGUCGUGAGUCGCAGUGAAGGGGACAGACAGCUUCUUCGUGUAUGACUAAUCACCUCGGAUCUCAUUACACAGGGCAACAUCUGGGCCGGCUCGUCGAUCGUCUCCCUCUCCUUCUCCGGCAAUCUCAACGUACUCGACCCGCGUUCCGACACCCCAAUCUCGACACUGUACGGGCACCAAAACCCGGCCACAGCCGUCAUCGCCGACCCUAAAUCCUCAUCGAACUUCUUCAGCGGUGAUUCGACGGGUCGGGUGUUGCGCGUUGAAGCAUCGGGUCGGACGGAACCGCUGGAGAAUGCGCAUUCGGGUUUGGUCGUUGAUUUCGUCGAGGACGGCAAGGGGACGAUCUAUUCAACAGGUUACGACGACACGAUUAAGACUUUGUCGGGUGGGACGGACUUCGAGUGAGUUGUGGAGAGUAGUCGGUAACGAGGAAGUUGUUUUCCUAACGACCUCGCACUCUAGCUCCAAAACGCUCCCUACCGCAGGCCAGCCCAAGGGACUCGCAGUGUCGACCUCGGACGGUACGCUGUACGUCGCGACCUCCACCGGAGUCCAAGUCAUCGUCGGCGGAAGCAAGAUGUCCUCGACCCCAGUUGCCUCAACCUGCAUUGCCGCCUCCUCGGACGGUGCCUACAUCGCGGUCGGCACCGAACAAUCGACCGUCGUUCUUUUCUCGUCCAAAGACAAGUCGUCCCUCCAACUCCUCUCGACGAUCGAACUUCGCGCUUCCGCUAGUUCCCUCGCCUUCUCCCCCGAUUCGACUCACCUCGCAGUCGGUCUUUCGACGGGCAAGAUCCCCUUGUACGAAGUUGCUUCACAAAAACUCGUUCAUUCGCGCUGGGCCGAUUCGACGGCGCGAAUUCACGCGCUCGCUUUCAAUCAAUCGGGAAGACACCUCGUCGCCGCGUCAUUGGACGAGAGUGUUCGGGUCUAUUCACUCAAGAAUCCUUCGAUCGUUUUGGCGAGUAAGAAUGCGCAUAGAGGCGGAGUGAGUGGUGUGGUUUGGAAUGGGGAGGAAGGGUUGGUUUCGGCCGGCGCGGAUGGGGCCGUCAAGAAGUGGGGGGUCAAGUUUGCUUAG